CUUUCAGUCACGCAGUGUGCUAAACCUUUUAGUAGUACGUUUACAAUUCUAUAUCACAUUUACGAGAGCGUAAGAUCUGUUUUGCGAAUUAUCGAUAUUUCCCCAUCCUGUUAUAGCGUUGUCUUCCCCUUCAUCUGCUACAGUGCCUUCUUUCGAUUGUGCCAGUUAUAAUAUCCCCGUUCAAAGUGAAUCCUCAUCGCCACUUUUCAAUAAGCUCAAAAAUCCCGAUUCCUGUAAUUAUUGAAAUUGGUGUUUGGAUGAUCCGUUUGGCUGUACAACCUGUUUCGACGACGGCCAGUCAGUCCAUCGCCAGCCAUCCCUGGGUAACAAGUCACACCAUACAACGGUAUCCUCUGUCGCAACAUUGAAUGGGAUGCGGUGCGCCUUGCGGUUUCCUUUGACAAAAGGAUUCUGACUUCCUUAGUGUGUUUUUGUUUGGCGCCCUGGAACGCCGGGACGAAUGCAGCUAUGAUGGACAUUCUCCCAUGUCUUCCAUGCUCAUUGUUGCUGCCAUCAUCACUUUGUCCGUGAGAUCAGGCGGACCUUCAAAUGCUUGGCGGCCUUAAAAUGGAUGCUGGUUGUGAAACGAAAAUGCAUAUCACGUCGCCCAAGCCGUUUGCGGAAAUUUCUCAUGGAAUCAUGGUGCAUGCCUUAUCUGCGACGAAAAGCAGCAAGAAGAAAGUCAAAGAUGAACGGCACCUUAAUAAGAUAGGCAACUAUCGGCGCCAUCACAAGAGCAAGCAGGAGGAUACGGAGAGCUUCUUCAGCAAUACGUGCAUCACGGAAAUUCGCGAAUCCAAGGAUCUGUGCAAGAAAUUCCAGGAGACCAAGGCCAAGAAGAAUAAGAAAGAGAAACUGGACAAAAACAAUAAGAAAAAUGAUGUUCUACCUGUUACAACGAUCAACGAUGAGAAUCGCACAGCGGUCUAUCAGCGUACGGAUAGCGGCGCGCCACUUGGUCCACACGCUGUUGUUAACGGCAACAUAUCCCCGCCAAGUGCUAUAAAUAUUAAACCGGCUGAUCUGUUUCGUGGUAAUAGUACUCCAAAUUCACAUAAUUUUCCUGACGGCGCACAGACACUGGCAAUUGGCGCAAAUGACAACUUCAAUGUUCUGUACGGUGCCGAUGGCAACUUUCCUGAUUUUUUGGAAGCCGGCCCAUUACUGGAUGAUCUCCUUUCCACUGGAAACGAUUUACCUGCAGAUCCUGGAGACAUAAACUCCAUUUUGGAUCAUUUGCAGGAGACGUUGCCAGACUCUUUUCGGGAGCAUGUCAGGGCAUUCGAGGCUCAGUCACCCCAGAUUCCCUAUGAUAAUGCCGUUAAGAAUGAAAACUUUGCAUCUCCGCAUGAGAUGAAUGGAUUCCUUUCGCCAGAAUCUCGCGGUUCGAAUUCAACUCCGAACUCUGCAUAUUCUCCGAGAAGCACAAUGGCUCCUACUGUCAUGAACGGACCAAACGCCAUGCAGCGGGUGACCCCCGACAAUCUGAGACCCGGUGUCGACUCCAAACGUUUUCUUCCGUCACAAGCCGACAAAGCACCACUUCCUCCUUUCCCGGGAAUGCGUUGCAAUCUCCCGACGCAGGCUUCCGAUCGCACAUAUAAUCCUCAUCAGAAACCUCUCUCACCCUUCGCCCCGAUGCAUGAUUUCUCUGCGCGGCUGGACCCGCAGAAGCCUUCUGGCCCGGUGAUGAAUGCUCCUCAUGGGAAUGGAUCGUUUCCUAUGGUGCAGCAACAGCAACAAACAAUGCAGCAGCAGCAGUCUUCCGUGGAAAUGUACAAUAACGCACACGCGUAUGUCCGGCCUGUUGGACAGCCAAUGCAGCAGCAGCCGAUGGUGUUCGACAAUAUGCAGCACAUGCAGGCCCCGCGACAUGUCAUGCGAGCGAACCAGCCGGCACCUGCAGUGACGAAUAAUAGGUAUUAUCCGGCUGAUGUACCCGGGCCAGGCCAGUUUCAGCAGGCACAAAAUAUAUCUCCAAAUCCGGUUACAUACAACAACCAUAUGAACGAUGGUGGAGGGAUGGUGUACAAUCCGAAUCCCCAAGCGACGUCCUAUGGACAGAACGUGCAGCCGGGUUACAAUGGGCCGAUGAUGGCCAAUCGUCUGCCCAGUGUACAGCAGUAUGCCGCAGCUCCCAGUAUUCGUGCACCUCAGUAUCGUAACGCUAUGCCGCCGGCCAGUGGACAGACGACGGUGGGUGGUCGCAUGUACAUGAACCCAACCGGAAGUGGCAGUGGCGGUCCGUAUGCAAAUCAUAUGCAAAACCCCUCAGUGUACCCGGCCAACAUCGAACAGCAACCGUCCAUGAGGCAUAUGACCGGCUAUCGACCGCCGUACGGACCCGUGAAAACCAGUUUAGUUCAACAACCGCAACAACAACAUUAUGCUCCAUCGACUAACAUGAACGUUCCCCAGCAGCAGCAAGCACCACAGCAUAGGCAGCAACAGUCCGCCGGGUUCUACCCCAUGCAGAAUGGCGGUUUUAUGCCGGAUCAGCAGGGUUUUGUACAUAAUCACCCUGGUGAUCCAUAUGCCGGCAGCUGGACAUCCUGAAGAAUGGUGCGUUUAGUCAUUUGUGCUUCCGACGGCAUCUCGUGGCCAGUGUGUGCUUCCUGUGCAGGCAAAGGGCAGGCGGGGUUUUUUGAGUUUCUUAGUAGUUGUAAUUUUCGUAUCUUUGUCUCCGUUAUAAUAGUUUACAGCGACGGUAAUUUUACCCUAGCGGAAUUAGACAUUCCGAGUAUUUUUGGAAUAAUUUUGGAAUUUUGAAUGUACCAUAGUUAUCCUUCCGUUGCUCAGGUGUUCCAUUUUCUGGAUUUCUGUUCUUAUCUGGCAAAACGAAUAAUUCCUUUGACUGAGCAGCGUUUAUUUAUUUUGUACAGUGCCUACCGGUAUUUGUGAAGUGGGUAUUUUCGCGUAAUAACGGCACUUGG